CUUUCUUUGCCUUCCAAGUGACUUCGGCUCUCGCGUUAUCAUUAUCUUCACCUUUUCUCCUUCGACUUUCCCGUCUCCUCUACUUUCCUUCUUUUUGCCAUGUUUUGAGAAUGCUCUCCUAGUGGGGCUCUUUUAUCUGUACCACAUAUCGCUCCUCUUUCCUUCCGUCUAUCUCCCUUCCUCUUCACUCUCGUCUCCAAUUCCGCACCAUGGCCCGCUCCGCCAUCGUCCAAGAAUACGCCCCUCCUUCGUCAUCAAAUCCCACGCUCACCCUCGACCACAAGACCAUCCAUGAACGCCAACAGAAUGGCAUCGCCCGCCCCAAAGGUUACCGUGUCUCCUGGCACGCCAACCCAGCAGUUGAACCGCACCAUUUCGGCCAAUCGCACCCCAUGAAACCCUGGCGUCUGACCCUAACCAAGCAACUCGUCAUGGCCUACGGAAUGCACCACGCGAUGGACCUGUACCUGGCUCGCGAAGCGACCUACGAAGAAAUGGCCGAGUUUCACAAAACGGACUACCUCGAUUUCCUCCGCCAGGUCAUCCCCGGCGACAUGGAGAAACCGGAACAAGGCGAGAACGUUGCGCGCUUCAACUUCGGCGACGACUGUCCCAUAUUCGACGGCCUGUACAAUUACUGCUCCCUCUAUGCCGGCGGCUCUAUCGAUGCCGCCCGGAAACUCUGCAACGGUCAAUCAGAAAUCGCAGUCAACUGGUCCGGCGGUCUACACCACGCCAAAAAGGCUGAGGCAAGCGGCUUCUGCUACGUGAACGAUAUCGUCCUGGGUAUUCUCCAGCUGCUCCGUCUGCAUCCGCGUGUCAUGUACAUUGACAUCGAUGUGCACCACGGCGACGGCGUCGAGCAAGCCUUCUGGUCGACCGACCGCGUCCUCACCGUCUCCUUUCACAAAUACGACAAGGAUAACUUCUUCCCCGGCACCGGUGCACUUGACAGCACAGGCCCCACGCACCCAUUGAACCCAGGCGCACACCACGCCGUCAAUGUCCCCCUCCACGACGGCAUCGACGACGAGUCCUACAUCCAGCUCUUCCGCGAGGUCGUCGGCUCCUGCGUCCAAACCUACCAACCCGGCGCAAUCGUUCUCCAGUGCGGCGCCGACUCCCUCGGUUGCGACCGUCUCGGUUGCUUCAACCUCAACGUCGCCGCCCAUGGCGCCUGCGUCGCCUACGUCAAAACCUUCGGUCUCCCUCUCCUCGUCGUCGGCGGUGGCGGUUAUACCCCGCGCAACGUCUCCCGCGCCUGGGCUCACGAAACCUCCAUCCUCAUCGACGCCCAGGAUAUCAUCGACCCCAACAUCCCCGAAACCGUCGCCUUCCGUAACCACUUCGGCCCAGAUUACUCGCUAUUCCCACCGCUGAGCGAAAUGCGCAAGCUCGAGAAUAAGAACCCGCGCAGCUACCUGAGCGGUUUGGUCCAGUCCAUCCACGAACAGCUACGGUAUAUGCAGGGCGCGCCGAGCGUGCAGAUGAGUUUUAUCCCGCCGGAUAUACUGGGUUUGCGAGAGGAUACGGAGAAGGAGAUCGAAGAGCAGAUGGCUGCGAAGGACGAAGCGCAGGAGGAGAAUGAGGGCGGGAGUAAGAAUAGUCGACGACGGGAGUUGGAGAGGGGGGCUGGGCAGAGAGGGGAGUUGUUCACUUGAUUUUCCGCUCCCUCCCGUCCCUCCCUCUCGCCUACCUUAUACCUCUCGAUCUGUUCUCGAUCUGUCCCUAUCUUUGUCUUUCUUGAAGUAUAUACAUUUAUAUCUCGGUGUUGGUGGGUAUUGGCGUCGGUUAUAUUGGCUGUUACUAUACGUGAUACCAGUGGAGUUAAUGUACCAUUACAUACUAUACAGCAUACAAUAUCAAUGUC